CCCCUCUCCGUCCGAUCGAUCGCCCGGCGGGCGGCAGAUGACAUGCCGCUCUGUCCGCGGGGUCAUCCAUUCCCCCACCAUCCAUCCCACCCAAUCUUUCGGUCUACAAUUGCCUGUUUCUUGGUGCAGUACCCCAAAGCAUCACAAGCUCUCAAUCAUGGCCUCAAGCACAGAAACAAUCCGAAUUGGCUAUGUGCCAGAGCACUACCUCGGCCCCCUGCACCUGGCCCUCCGCUCCUCCGCCGCCCACCUCCCGUUCGAAGUCCGCCUGGUCCCCUUCCCCUCCGGCACGGGCCACAUGAUCACCUCGCUCCGCGACAAGGAGAUCGACCUCGCCAUCGGCCUGACGGAAGGGUGGGUGGCCGGGCUGGUGGGCAAGCAGCAGGCGCCCAAGGACUCAGCGACGGACGGCUACAAGAUCGUGGGCCACUGGGUGGACACGCCGCUGCGGUGGGCGAUCGUCACCGGGCGCGAGCGGGCGGAGAUUCACGGUGUAGAGGAUCUGAAGGGCGGGAGGGUCGGUGUUAGUCGGUUGGGAAGCGGCUCGCACAUCAUGUCCUUCGUCCUCUCGCAGACCCACCACUGGUCCGAGACGGACACCCUCACCCCGACCAUCCUGGGGCCGUUCGGGUCCCUGCGCGACGGGGUCACCGGCUCCGACCCUGCAUCGUCGUCGGCGACCACCGCCCCGACCGCGGACUUCUUCAUGUGGGAGGAAUUCACGACGAAGCCGUACUUCCGGCCCACCGCCGACCACCCCCACCCGCCGCUGAAGAAGAUCGGCGAGAUCUAUACGCCCUGGCCGUCGUGGAUGAUCGUGGCGUCGACGGCGACGUUCGCGGGCGAUUUGGGGAGCGAUGCGCGACUGGCGCGGCUGUUUGAGGUGUUGGACCAGGGGAUCGCGGAGUUUGAGGCGGAUCGCGAGCGGGUGGUCACGCUGCUGGGGACCGGGGAGCUCGGGUGCACGUAUGGCGAGGAGGAUGCGCGCGAGUGGAUGAAGGAUGUGCGCUUUACGAAGGGGACGCGCGGGGUCCAGCGGGCGGUGGUGGAUGGGGUGGUGGAUGUGUUGAAGGUUGCGGGGGUUAUUGAUGGGGGGUUGGAGAAUGAGGCGGCUUUUGAGCGGCUGGUGGGGAUUGCGCAGUAGCUCCACGGGCAGUUUGUACACAGUAUAGGUUAGUAUCUCGGCGCAUGAUUUCCAUAUCUCGUGCGACGAGGGUCAAUGCUAUUCGCGUCGGGUGUGGUUCCACAAAGAUGUCCUGCUGUUUUUCG